UUGUGCAAGAACUGAACUACUUCCGGUUUUGUAGUGCGCGUAUGCAGUUUUAUGGAAAGUCUUGUCCAACGUACGCGUUUCUGUGAAUAAUAUAAUUGUUUUUUGCAAAGAAGGCUUGUUAUCAGGCCUUUAGCCAUGGCGGACAUUAAAAACUUUCUGUAUGUCUGGUGUGGGAAAAAGAAGAUGACGCCAAACUACGACAUCCGAGCAGCUGGAAAUAAAAACAGGCAAAAGUUCAUGUGUGAGGUGCGAGUUGAGGGUUACAGUUAUAUCGGCAUGGGAAACUCCACCAGCAAGAAGGAUGCUCAGACCAAUGCUGCCAGAGAUUUUGUCAAUUAUCUUGUCCGGACAAAAGAGAUCCAUGCCAGUGAAGUUCCCUCUUUGGGGGUCAGUGUACCCGAUGGAGGAAAUGAAGAUGGUGGGUUUGGAAAUCUUCCGUCCAGUUGUCCACUGCCUCCACAUCUGGCUGUGAAGGUUGAAGCGGGUCAAACGAAUGAUCCUCAGGGUUCUGCACCUGUCCCAGGGGUCACAGGUUUGGGAUACUCCGGCUUCAACAAUGCCCAGUGGGAGCGAGGAGCAAAUCUGCAGCAGUAUUACUCAAAAAAGGAAGAACAGGAUGACAAAGCGACCUUUGAAUCGGAAGAGGUCGAUCUGAAUGCUGGCCUUCAUGGGAACUGGACUCUGGAUAAUGCAAAGGCCCGUCUGAACCAGUUCUUUCAGAAAGAGAAAAACCAAACAGACUACAAGUAUAGCCAAGUGGGACCUGAUCACAACAGGAGUUUUAUUGCCGAGAUGACAAUCUUUGUAAGACAACUCGGAAGAAAGGUUGUUGCUCGUGAACACGGCUCCACCAAGAAACUAGCUGCCCAGUCUUGUGCGCUGUCUCUGGUCCGUCAGCUCUACCAUUUAGGAGUCAUUGAAGCCUACACAGGGCAGACCAAGAAAAAAGAUGGAGAAACUGUGGAAGUAUAUGAAGUGAACCUUAGCGACGAUCUACCACAUCAGCUUACCAGAGUUGUGCAGGAACUUGGAAUCCAAAUCCCUCCGCCUCCUCAGGAUCCCAACACUCCGGUGUCUCUGAUUCAAGGGAAGUUAGCUCAGUUUGAGCCUUCACAGAGGCAGAACACUGAAGGCGUGGUGCCGUGGUCUCCCCCGCAGAUCAACUGGAACCCCUGGACCAGCAGCAACAUUGAUGAAGGACCGCUGGCAUUUUGCACACCGGAACAGAUCAACAUGGACCUGCUGAAUGAACUCAACUAUCAACUGCAGGAGGACAAGAAUCUGCAGACGAUUCUAAGUGAAAGAAGUCAGCUGCCUGUCAAGAACUUUGAGAAAGAAAUCAUGUCCGCCGUUCACAAUAACCCGGUUGUCAUCAUCCGUGGAGCCACCGGCUGUGGAAAGACCACCCAAGUCCCUCAGUACAUAUUGGAUGAGUUCAUCCACAGAGGGAAUGCAUCUGACUGCAAUAUCGUCGUAACUCAGCCGAGACGCAUCAGUGCUGUGUCCGUGUCGGAACGCGUGUCCUUUGAAAGAGCAGAAGAGGUGGGGAAGAGCUGUGGGUACAGCGUGCGUUUCGAGUCGAUGCUUCCCAGACCUCACGCCAGCAUUCUCUUCUGCACUGUCGGGGUGUUGCUAAGGAAGCUGGAAUCUGGUAUCCGUGGCAUCAGUCAUGUGAUUGUGGAUGAAAUCCAUGAGAGGGACCUGAAUUCUGAUUUCUUAUUGGUGGUGUUAAGAGAUGUGGUCCAGACCUACCCUGAUGUGCGCAUCAUCCUCAUGUCCGCCACCAUUGACACCACCAUGUUUAGGGAAUAUUUCUUUAACUGUCCUGUCAUUGAGGUGCAUGGACGCGCACAUCCUGUACAAGAGUAUUUUUUGGAGGACUGCAUUCAGAUGACCCAGUUUAUACCACCACCGAUGGACAGGAAGAGGAAAGAUAAAGAUGAGGAUGGAGGAGUAGACGAGGAGGUCAACUGUAAUGUUAUCUGUGGACCCGACUAUUCUCCUGAAACCAAGCGGGCUAUGGCUCAGCUGAAUGAGAAGGAAACUCCCUUUGAGCUGAUCGAGGCUUUGCUGAAGUACAUCGAAACGUUGAAAGUGGCCGGGGCGGUGCUGGUCUUCCUUCCAGGCUGGAACCUCAUCUGUUCCAUGCAGAAACAUCUGGAAAUGAGCGCGCACUUCGGUAGUCGUCAGUACAGAAUCCUGCCCCUUCACUCUCAAAUCCCAAGAGAGGAACAGAGGAGAGUGUUCGAGCCUGUUCCUGAUGAUGUCACUAAGGUCAUUUUGUCCACCAACAUUGCGGAGACCAGCAUCACCAUCAACGAUGUAGUCUAUGUCAUCGACUCCUGCAAGCAAAAAGUAAAGUUGUUCACCUCUCAUAACAACAUGACAAACUAUGCCACGGUAUGGGCCUCCAAGACUAACCUCGAGCAGAGGAAGGGACGUGCCGGUAGAGUCAGACCUGGCUUCUGUUUUCACCUGUGCAGCAAGGCUCGCUUUGAAAAGCUAGAGACCCACAUGACUCCAGAGAUCUUCCGCACUCCGCUGCACGAGGUGGCCCUGAGCAUUAAACUGCUGAGACUGGGAGCCAUCGGCCAAUUCCUGUCCAAAGCCAUCGAGCCUCCUCCCUUGGAUGCUGUUAUUGAAGCCGAACAUACACUCCGAGAGCUGGAUGCUCUGGACUCUAAUGAUGAGCUGACUCCACUGGGACGCAUUCUAGCCAAACUGCCCAUUGAACCCCGUCUGGGAAAGAUGAUGAUUAUGGGAUGCAUCUUAAAUGUUGGGGAUGCGGCAUGCACCAUCUCUGCAGCAGCUUGUUUCCCCGAGCCAUUCAUCAGCGAGGGCAAGCGUCUCGGAUUUGUUCAUAGAAACUUCGCUGGCACACGUUUCUCUGACCACGUGGCCUUACUUUCUGUUUUCCAGGCCUGGGAUGAAGUCAGGAUGGGGGGUGAGGACGCAGAGAUCCGGUUUUGCGAACACAAGAGGCUGAACAUGCCUACGUUGAGAAUGACAUGGGAGGCCAAAGUUCAGCUGAAAGAUAUCCUUGUUAAUGAGGGCUUCCCUGAAGAGUGCCUCAUGAAUCAAACGUUUAACAACGUGGGACCGGACAAUAACUUGGAUGUGGUCAUCUCUCUCCUAACCUUUGGCUCCUACCCCAACGUGUGUUACCACAAAGAGAAAAGGAAGAUCUUGACUACGGAGGGACGAAAUGCCCUCAUUCACAAAUCCUCCGUCAACUGUCCUUUCAGCAGCCAGGACAUGAAAUACCCAUCUCCUUUCUUUGUCUUUGGGGAAAAGAUCCGAACCCGAGCUAUCUCUGCUAAAGGAAUGACUCUUGUCAGUCCUCUGCAGCUCAUUCUGUUUGGCUCGAAGAAGAUCACAUCCAAUGGAGAUAUUGUUGAACUUGAUGAGUGGAUCAAGUUCAGGAUUCACCAUGAUGUAGCGGCUGGUGUGGUGGCGCUGAGGGCAGCUUUUGAAGCCCUGGUUGUGGAGGUGACCAAAGACCCAGAAUACAUCAGAAAAUUGGAUCCUACCAAUGAGCAUUUGCUGAAUGUCAUGCGGCUUGUGUCUAGACCCUCUUCAGCGGGUAUAAACCUCAUGGCCAAUAACCCACGCUUUGGAGAUGGUCCACGACCACCCAAGAUGGCUCGUAUGGAUUUUGGAGGCGGUGGAGGCUACGGGGGCCGUGGAGGAGGAUACAGAGGAGGUGGUGGUGGUGGUGGAAACUGGUCUGGUGGAGGAUACAGAGGGGGUGGAGGAUAUCAGGGUGGAAGAGGAGGUGGAGGAUAUCAGGGUGGAAGAGGAGGCUACCAGGGUGGCGGGGGCGGCUAUAGAGGGUCAGGAGGGUAUCGUGGCGGGGGUGGAUAUGGGGGAGGUGGAGGGUAUGGAGGAGGAGGAGGGUUCAGAGGUGGCCGGGGGGGAAACAGGGGUGGUUAUAGAGGUGGCCUUUAAAGCUGUCUGUCUGAGCAUGAGUCCAUGGAUGUAACUUGUCUUUAGUUGCUAUAAAACCAGUUGACUGUCAUAGUGGCAGUUUACAGAUAUUUUGUGGUUAAACAUGAAUGCUAAUUUGUAAGCAACCACAUUUGUGUGUACUUUCUUUAUUUUGUUUUGCUGGUUCUAUGAUGUAAAGUUGUCAAACGUGCUGCAUUUCAAUAAAAUAAUUCCUCUAGUUAAAUGUUUUCUGAAUAGUUUGUGACAGUUUUAUUUUUGUUGACUCGAGCAAGUGACUGCACGUCCUGGGCUGCUUUUAGUCAAUGUUUAGCCUGUGCAUGGGGUUGUCAUGGAUGAGAUAGUGACAGGUGUACACAAAUGUUCUUCAUAUUAGUCAGACAUUAACCUACAAAUAAUGUUUUCAUGUUAUGAAAUAAGUGCAGAACUUUUUAGGACAUCUGAAACUACAAAUAUAUAUUUUUUGUCCGUUUCUUUGAUGAUUGUAUCAGCAAUCAGCAUUACACCUACGGCUCAUUCCUAUUAUUUGGUGCCAUUUGAGUCCCCAAGACAUAUGUGGAAUAUUUUGUUUAAAAAUGAGAUUAUAAUAAAACUUGUCUUAGAUAAUUAAUAUGUACUCAGAAGCAGACAAGGAUCAGAGUAAGUUUUUUCAACAUUCAAAUGGUUCACUGAUGUGCUAAAGCAUAACAUGUCCUCUCUGUUACGCUUAGAGGAAACAAUAUUUUUUGUAAUCUUGAGAAAUAUGGUUAUUAAACAUGUUAAAAAUCUUCCUCUGAAGUCACCAUGUGCUAGCGUGUUGUUCACCAACCAUAUGUGUCGAAAUGGCAGAGUUUAGCAUAAAAUGUCACUCCUGUUAUUUACAACCUGUUACGUUGUGUCCACCCUGUUCACA